AUGGGUUGUAAUCAGAGCAAAAUGAGAUUUUCACAAGUAUUUAAGAGGCAGAGGGUAAGCGCAACUUAGCGGUUGAUGAACUUUUUGUAAUAAAUGAAAAAAAUGCCAAUUUUAUGCAUCUUUCGCUGUGGUUUUCGAGAGUGCGUAGUGAAGCCGUUGAAAACAUACGUCGUCAGCCUUGCCAUAAAAGGGCACAAAUUUGAAAUAAUUCUGACCAAUCGUAGGGAGAUAUUUGUAGGUCACGUGGCCGCUGUGAACGUGACCAUAAAAGGAAACAAAUUUGAAUAAUUGUGACCAAUCAUGGGACAUUGUUUGCAGGCCCCACGUGAGUCCAGUUCGACCAUAAAAGAAAACGAAUUUGAAUUGAAAACGACCAAUAACAGCGCGUUUUCUCCAUGUCUCGCGGCGUGCCUAGAAAGAUUGAACCUUUGCUGAACAACGAGCGCUUCUUGAUUGACACAGAAGAAAAGGCAACUGAGUACAAAAACAAACAAAUCAAAACAAAAGAUGGUUUCAAUUCUGGCCCUUGAAACCUCCAAUAUAAUGUGUUUUUAAUAGUGUAGCGAUUGUUAGAACAAUUCAAACUACUGAUAUUAGCAUGAUUUGACUGCCGCGCGCAGAAACCGAAAGAGCGCAUAACGAAUCAACGCUUUUCAAUUUUUUGAAUAACAUUUUGGAACAGUUUAAAUAAAAAAAGACAAUUAUUAUUCACAGCCAACGUUAGUAGUUACAAAUAAUUUUUUCACCCCCAAAUUGUUACUAACCGAGGCGAGCGGCGGGGGAAAGGGAGAAUAAAACAUGUUUUGAUUACCCGGUUUGAGAAAAAUGGACUAGACAAAAAUAGCUUAAAUUUAAAUGCUAGAUCAAAUAAGGCAAAUUUGAAUAAAUCUCGCUUCAAAUAUUUUUUCAAAAAAGACUUUACUUUAUGCCACUUUAAUUUGAUUUUUGCCAGGUGAACAAGAGAACAACUACGUGGUAUGUUGACCUGCACGAGGAGACUGUGAUUCAAUCCACGUUAGAAUGCAGUUCUCCUUUCGAGCAGAGUGCACCACAGAAAAUAGCCCCAGCCUCAAACAUCCAUUAUGAGGACUUUUCUAUUCUGUCUUUUAUGACGAAUAAAGAUCAUUACGAGUGGGUGGAGUUGUAUGCUAAAGAACAGUUGUUCUCAUCUGUGAAAUCUUGUCUGAACUAUAAAGGAUUUCAUGAAUAUGGAUUCCACUUAUUAUCACUCACUCCAAGGCCAAUGUUGGAGAUCAGAACUAAUGAUAAUAGACCCAUUCAUUCCCUUUCUUGGGGGAACUCCACGGCCUUGGAGUACUUUCUAAGGUAGGUACAGAGUUUGGGGAAGGGGGGCGGGGGGGGGGGGCUACUUUAGGAAUUUUUGGUGGGGAUGUGCCGCCGGGAUCCUGGAACCCUUAGCCUGUACCAAAGCUAGUUCGAGUGAAUUUUGCUACCCUAUACUGGAUUAAAGUCCCCAAAUCCCCCCUAUCCUAGAGUUGCUGUUUUUCAAAAACUACUGAGGUCACUACAACAAUCCAGUGUUAAAACAAAACCGAUUUGAAGUUUUUAUAUUUUUGAGUGGCAAUUCCCGGUUUCCCUAGUCUACACUCAAAUCUUGACCAGCCGAUCAGUUUCCUGGAAAAUGAUACGCUCUUCUAGACCCAAACUCUCUGAUUUGUAUCCCUGUCCCUUAAACUGCUUGAAAACCAUACGCUUCACAGCGGCACAUACCUAUAUAGCCUAUAUGUGGCAGUACCCGCCCCCCCCCCCUCCCGGGGUACUGAGGAGAUUCACCCAACCUCGUCCCCACCAUACAUUUACGGUCUUUAUCAAAAAGUUCACCGAAGGGAUGACAGAAUGAGCCUCAGCUGGGAACUUCUUAGUAUUCAAAUGUUUUCAGCUGGUUUUUUAGAAGGAAAACGGGAGUUCCGUAGCUUAGAAUACGCAUCAAAGCAAUGGGAUAUUCUAUCUAAGUUCAAAAUUUCAAAGACAAUUCUCCAGAAUUGGCCGUUUUGUAGAACGAAAUUAAAAUUGAAAGAUACACCUCGCUGUCUUGAAUAAAACACGCUAAACAGGUUUCUAAGGAGGUCUCUUAACGCUGACUUUUUCUUAAUUAUCACCAUACAGAACUAUUCCCAAAGAAAUUGAAACAAAGGUUGGGUGUGACCCCUUUGUAAUCGUAAUCGAAGAUAUUGAUAACGAGGCAGGCUGCAGCAGAAUGUGUGCUAGCCUGACUGAGAAGCUCUGCCAAAGGCUGCAGAUGAGGUAA